CCACACGCCGCCGCUAUGCAUUGCCAGAAGUGCAGGACGCCCGUCAAGCUCGAUGGCUCGCUGGAAGACUUGAAUCCGGCAGCUUUUAAGCUGCUGACCGACUCCACCAAGCCAGCCAAACGCCCUCUCGUACACCACAAUGCCUACUCCCAAGAUCGUCGCGAUGAGUACGGGCGCAUAUCACGAAAGGUGCCUACUCCCAUGUCCAAGAGGAUGGUACCUGGCAGACACGACCAGUCCAUGUCCUUCGUGAUGCUGGCAGACUCGCAAGUCUCACACAAGAACACUGAGACACCAGACAAAAUGGAGACUGUUCAACGGUUGUUCGAGGUCUUAUCGGCACGGUCUGACAUUGACCAACCUAUAUGCGUGGAAUGUACCGAGCUGUUGGUUGAAGGGCUGGAAAAGCGACUGCACACUGCAACUAAGGAACGGGAUGCCUACGUCGAGUAUCUACGUCAAGCCAACGCGGACAUACCUGCAGAGGAAGAGCAGGAGCAAGCGAAUGUUAGGUUGGAAAAAGCCAGGGAACAAGAAGAAGCGGCGUUUCUGGAGCUGGAGCGUCUGGAACGGGAAAAGGCUGCCAUGGACGAGGAAAUCCUAAAGCUCGACGUGGAAGCUCAGGAGCUUGACAGAGAGGAGGAAUCAUUCUGGAAAGAGCGCAACGGUUUCUCUGUCACUCUGUCCGUCUACCAGAGCGAACGCGAUCGCAUCAACAACCGUUACGAUCACGACAUUAAACAAUCACAACGACUUCAGCGUACGAAUGUGUACAACGACACGUUUACGAUUGGACACGAUGGAAAUUUCGCAACGAUCAACGGACUUCGUCUGGGUAGGACUUCGCAGACGAUGGUGGGAUGGGAGGAAAUCAACGCGGCAUGGGGUCAGACUUGCUUGUUGUUGGCGACGGUAGCGGAAAAGGUGGGCUACACGUUCAAAGGUUGGAGAUUGAAUCCGAUGGGUUCGGCGUCGACGAUCGAAAGACUCGAGCCAAGCACGACGUACGACCUCUUUUGCUCUGGGGACUUGCCUCUCGGGUUUGGAUUUUUACAUCGAAGCUUCGACAACGCCAUGGUGGGCUUCUUGGAGUGUCUCAGACAGAUGAGCGAGGUGGGAUUGACAGUUCCUUACUCGAUUCGCAAGGACAAGAUUCGCGACACCAGCAUCAAGCUCAGCUUCAACCAGGAGGAGUCGUGGACUCGAGCAUGCAAGGAUGUGCUGAUAUGCUGCAAGUUCCUGCUGGCCAGCACGAGUGACCUGGACGCGCGGAGGAGGUAGUCGUACUGGAGUGAAACAGGUGGAAUUUAAUGUGCAUGCAUGUAAGGAAGCUCGGUAGGAAUCCAGUAACGGAAUGUCGUUUCGGAUAGAGAGGCUCAAGGCGCGGGGCGCAGUG